CCCCGCCCUGCAGGGCGCUGGUCGCGCCGUCGCCCGUGUCCGAGCAGGAGUGGCCUCUGGUGGCCUCGGCUCUGGGUGUGGCACCAGGUCAGGCUCCAGCGCCGCGCUCAGAGCAGCCUCAGGACGUGGCCGCAGGGCGGGCCAGAGCCCGGCAACGUCUGAACCCCCGCUGGCCGGAGCGAGACUGCCCAGUGCAGCGUGGAUCGGGAGGACUGGACGCCUAACCUGACCCCCCCUCCCGCCCGCAUGCAGAGUCUCCCAGGCCUGUUGGGCCCCUUGGGGGGCUCCUGCCUCUUGCUCCUCUUCUGCCUGAGCCUGGGCACCUGCUGCCCGCCGAGCUGCCAGUGCCCCGAGAACGCGGGGGCCGUAGCCGUCCACUGCAGCGCGCGGGGCCUGGAGAGCAUCCCCAGGGACAUCCCCGCUGACGCCGUGCUCCUGAAGCUGGACGCCAACAGGAUCGCCCGUGUUCCUGACGGGGCUUUCCGGCACCUGGGCCAGCUGCAGGAGCUGGAUCUGUCUCGGAACGCCAUCGAGAGCGUGGCGCCUGCCGCCUUCUCGGGCCUGGCAGGGGGCCUGCGGCUGCUGGACCUGUCACACAACCGCCUCCGCCGGGUCCCCACAGACGCGCUGGGCAAGCUCCGAGCCCAGGUGCGCCUGGCACACAACCCCCUGCAUUGCGAGUGUGCCCUGCAGGAGGCGCUGUGGGAGCUGCGGCUGGACCCCGGCUCUGCCCACGACAUCGCGUGCCACACGUCAGAGCGGGAGGAGUUCGUGGGAAAGCCUCUGGUCCAGGCGCUGGACGCAGGCGUCAGCUUCUGCGGCGCCCACCACAGGACCACCGACGUGGCCAUGCUGCUCACCAUGUUCGGCUGGUUCGCCAUGGUGGUCACCUACGUGGUGUACUACGUGCGCCAGAACCAGGAGGAGGCCAGGAGGCACCUGGAGUACCUGAAGUCGCUGCCCAGCGCCCCCGGGCCCUAGGCCACCCUGGGUGGGGCCACCCCGUGGACUGUCCUGAGAGGGGGGUGUGGGGUUCCAGCCCUUGGAGGGCCCCCUCCCCUGGUCUCCAGAGCCCACACGGCUCCAGGGAACAGGGUGAACCCCAAGCCCCACCCGCAGGGUCCCCAGCACUGGCCCCAGGGCCCCACUGUGCCUUAUUUCCUGCUCCAGAUGCCCCCUGGGCCGGCUCCCUCCUCCCCACUCAUCUCCCCUCACUCUUCCCUUCCUGCCCCUCCUCUCACUCCCCUCCCUCUCCCCUCCCUCUCCCCUCCCUCUCCCCUCCCUCUCCCCUACCUCUUUCCCUGCUCCUUCCCCUCCCUUUGUGCCCCCUCCCACCCCCUCCAGCUCCCCUCUCCCCUCUGAGAGCUCAGGUUCCCUUUCCUGACCUCACACUGCUCUCCCCGCUUUCUCUUUUGUGCUCUGGGGUUGACUGUCUCUAGCUCUGGCCUGUGGGAGGAGCAGAGAGGUGAGUUGCUGAGAGACUUGGGGUGUGAUUGGGGUGGGGUGGGGUGUGCACAGGGCCAUGCAGAUCCUGCACCCGGGGCCCAGAGUUUCAUUUCCUGGGGGGCAGCUCCACACUGUCACCUAUGGACACACCUGGUCGCUGGGGGGGGGAGAGGCAGCAGCCUGUAUAGAGCUCUGCAGUCCAGGGCCAGGAGGGCAUGUCUCUGUCCCCUGCCCUGCCAGGACACAGGGCACAGUGCCCACUCUGCUCACCUUCCCUCCACAUGCCCCCAUGCCUUCUGUGCCCGUGGUCUGAUGCUACCAUGGCCCAGUGCUCUCAUGGCCUGAUGCUCCUGGACCAGUGCUCUCGUGGCCUGAUGCUCCUGGGCCAGUGCUCUCAUGACCUGGUGCUCCCAUGGCCCAGUGUUACUGUGGCCCAGUGCUCCUGUGGCCCAGCGCUCCUGUGGCUCAGAGCUCCCCUGGCCCAGUGCUCCCAUGGCCUGGUGUUACUGUGGCCCAGUGCUCCUGGGCCCAGUGCUCCUGCUGAAGCCAGUUCCUUGGACAGGGAGGAGUCUGGCCCUGAUGCUGCCUUGCUGGGGGCCGCCCACUCCUGGGUGCCGAGGCUCCUUCCUCGUCCAGCUGCAGUGCACCAGGCGGGAGGGACUGCACGGGGGACUGCCCAUGCUGCCUGCGACCUGGGUGGGAGAUGGGGCCUGGGGUGGGCUCCUCAUAACUUGAGGGGCUGCCAGGCAGCCUUCGGGGGCUUUUCUUACUGCAGGGAGCCCCUCACUUGCUCCUGCACCAGCUGGCCCAGAGUGGGCUCGACCCCAGCACAGCUUCCUGGGUGAAGGGGCCGGGGCAGGGGACCCAUUCUGGCCUGCUGGGGAGAGGUGGGUGAGGCCGCCGCAGACCCUUCUCACCCUGAGCUCAGGCUUUGGGGCUUCUGCCCUGCUGCCUUCCAGUGGACACUGGGUGUCCCUCAGAGCCGCCAGGGCUGCCUGGGUGGGGUGUCGCUGGGCAACAUGCCGGCUUCAGCUCCCCCUGCGCCUCCGGCAGCUGGGCGUCCCGAGGGCUGGUGCUGGGCUCGGGCACCCUGUGGCACAGCCCUGUCCUCGCGCAGCCAGCCAGCAGCGGCUCCCACGGACUUGGCCCCACUCGCUGGGGAAGCAGCCCUGCGGCACAGAUGAGGCCUGGAAGGUUCUGGAAGGUUUUGGACUUGGAGCAGCUGGAGAUGGCUCAGAGCUGCCUCUCCCGGGUGCCGUCAGAACUAAGACCUCCUGCUGCUCGGUGAGCCCGAAUAA